AUGGAUGAUGGGAAGAAGAAGAAGGAAGACAAACCAGCGCACCCGCGGGAAACUGCCAACGUCUUCUCCGCUCUGACCUUCGCAUGGACGCUGGGUCUGUUCCGAGAAGGUAAUAAGAGAGACCUGGAAGUUGAAGAUCUCUACGUUCCCCUCAAGGAACACACUUCCAACGUACUGGGAGACAGAAUAGAGAAGAAAUGGAGGGAAGAGUGCAAGAGAGCCGCUAUAAAGAAGAGAGAGCCCAGUUUGUUGAGAGUUCUGCUCAGAAUAUUCGGACCCAAACUGAUGGCUUAUGGACUUGUCCUGGCUAUAGUUGAGAAUGUCUGCAGGGUAUCCCAGCCAUUAUUCCUCGGCAAGAUGAUAGAGUACUUCACCCAAGAUGGAGGUGGCACUGUGAGCAAGGAUGAAGCGUACUUCUACGCUGGAGGAGUUGUCAUGUGUUCAGCACUCAGCGUGUUCAUCAUGCAUCCGUACAUGUUCAGCAUGAUGCACAUAGGCAUGAAGAUGAGAGUGGCCAGUUGCUCGCUCAUAUACAGGAAGGCCCUGAGACUCAAUAAGACAGCCCUAGGACAGACCACUGUAGGUCAAGUGGUCAACCUAUUGUCCAACGACGUCUCCAGGUUUGAUAUGUGCACAAUCUUCUUACACUAUCUGUGGGUCGGUCCGCUAGAGACGAUCGUCAUGCUGUACUUCCUAUGGGACUUUGCAGGACCUGCGUCUGUCUUUGGUGUAUUUGUGCUGCUUGCUCUAAUACCCCUGCAAGUGUGGCUGGGCAAGAUGACGUCUGGGCUGCGGAUGAGAACAGCUCUGCGGACUGACGGCAGAGUCAGACUGAUGAAUGAGAUCAUUUCAGGAAUACAAGUCAUUAAAAUGUACACGUGGGAGAAACCCUUCGCCUAUCUUGUCUCACAGGCUAGAAAGCGAGAAAUCAAAGAGAUUAGAGGAGCCUCAUACAUCAGAGGUCUUCUGCUGUCUUUCGUCAUCUUCCACUCCAGAGUUGCCAUCUUUAUGUGUAUUUUUGUUUACAUUCUAAUGGGCAACGCCAUCAACGCUGAAAAGGUUUUUGUUGUCGCUUCAUACUUUAAUGGAUUGAGACAGACCAUGACUGUAUUCUUCCCUCAAGGUAUUGGAUAUGUAGCAGAAGUACUCAUCUCUAUCAAACGACUCCGGACAUUUCUCAACUACAACGAGACCACUCUACAGCAAGCUCCAGAGAUUAUGAAGGCCAACAAGACAAAGUCAGUAAAGGACGAAGAAGUGGAGCCAAUAUUCCGAGCGCCCAGAGAGGACGCAAGGACAAAGGUGGCAGCAGACGAGGGCAUCACUGUGACCAACGCGAUGGCACGAUGGACUCCUGAGGUAGCAGACGACAGUUUGAGCCACAUCAAUCUGCGAGUUGUUCCUGGGAAGCUCACGGCCAUCAUUGGGCCUGUGGGCAGUGGCAAGACGUCACUGCUGCAUGCGUUGUUGGGAGAACUGCCUCUCAAGACAGGGAGUGUGUCUAUACCAGAGAAUGUGUCCACGUCACUGCUGCAUGCGUUGUUGGGAGAACUGCCUCUCAAGACAGGGAGUGUGUCUAUACCAGAGAAUACGUCACUGCUGCAUGCGUUGUUGGGAGAACUGCCUCUCAAGGCAGGGAGUGUGUCUAUACCAGAGAAUACGUCACUGCUGCAUGCAUUGUUGGGAGAACUGCCUCUCAAGACAGGGAGCGUGUCUAUACCAGAGAACGUGUCCUACGCCAGUCAAGAAUCGUGGCUGUUUGCUGGUAGCGUCCGUCAGAAUAUAUUGUUUGGCUCACCCUACGACAGAGAAAGGUAUCGCCAGGUUGUGCGAGUGUGUGCUCUGAAGGCUGAUUUUGAACAGUUCCCGUACGGAGACAAGACCAUUGUAGGAGAGAGAGGGGUGUCACUCAGCGGAGGACAACGAGCUCGCAUCAACUUGGCCAGGGCAGUUUACAAGGAUGCAGAUGUGUAUCUACUAGAUGACCCUCUGUCAGCUGUGGACACUCAUGUAGGAAAACAUCUGUUUGAAGAUUGUGUCACAGGCUACUUGAGGAAGAAGACAGUAAUUUUGAUCACGCAUCAAAUCCAGUACCUGGGCUUGGUCGAUCACGUAGUUGUGAUGAAUAAUGGCAGCAUAGACAGUGAGGGAACCUACCAGGAGCUGCAAGGAAGGAAUUUGGAGUUCCUGAGAUUAAGCAAUUCAGAAGAAGAGGCUAAUGAAGAGGGCAAUCAAAACAGAAACCUGUACAAACGGCAUGCUUCCAUCCAGUCAGUGAGGAGUGUAGCCUCUUCCAUGGAGGAUGGCAAGAUACAGGCCGAGCCUUCUGAGAUAGCAGAGAUGAGGUCCAAGGGUACAGUCAGUGGCAGAGUAUACAAGACCUACAUGAACUUAGGAGUGAGGAGUGUAGCCUCUUCCAUGGAGGAUGGCAAGAUACAGGCUGAGCCUCCUGAGAUAGCAGAGAUGAGGUCCAAGGGUACAUCAGUGAGGAGUGUAGCCUCUUCCAUGGAGGAUGGCAAGAUACAGGAUGAGCCUCCUGAGACAGCAGAGAUGAGGCCCAAGGGUACAUCAGUGAGGAGUGUAGCCUCUUCCAUGGAGGAUGGCAAGAUACAGGAUGAGCCUCCUGAGACAGCAGAGAUGAGGCCCAAGGGUACAUCAGUGAGGAGUGUAGUCUCUUCAAUGGAGGAUGGCAAGAUACAGGAUGAGCCUCCUGAGAUAGCAGAGAUGAGGCCCAAGGGUACAUCAGUGAGGAGUGUAGCCUCUUCCAUGGAGGAUGGCAAGAUACAGGAUGAGCCUCCUGAGAUAGCAGAGAUGAGGUCCAAGGGUACAUCAGUGAGGAGUGUAGCCUCUUCCAUGGAGGAUGGCAAGAUACAGGAUGAGCCUCCUGAGAUAGCAGAGAUGAGGUCCAAGGGUACAUCAGUGAGGAGUGUAGCCUCUUCCAUGGAGGAUGGCAAGAUACAGGAUGAGCCUCCUGAGACAGCAGAGAUGAGGCCCAAGGGUACAUCAGUGAGGAGUGUAGCCUCUUCCAUGGAGGAUGGCAAGAUACAGGAUGAGCCUCCUGAGAUAGCAGAGAUGAGGUCCAAGGGUACAUCAGUGAGGAGUGUAGCCUCUUCCAUGGAGGAUGGCAAGAUACAGGAUGAGCCUCCUGAGAUAGCAGAGAUGAGGUCCAAGGGUACAUCAGUGAGGAGUGUAGCCUCUUCCAUGGAGGAUGGCAAGAUACAGGAUGAGCCUCCUGAGAUAGCAGAGAUGAGGUCCAAGGGUACAUCAGUGAGGAGUGUAGCCUCUUCCAUGGAGGAUGGCAAGAUACAGGAUGAGCCUCCUGAGAUAGCAGAGAUGAGGUCCAAGGGUACAUCAGUGAGGAGUGUAGCCUCUUCCAUGGAGGAUGGCAAGAUACAGGAUGAGCCUCCUGAGAUAGCAGAGAUGAGGUCCAAGGGUACAUCAGUGAGGAGUGUAGCCUCUUCCAUGGAGGAUGGCAAGAUACAGGAUGAGCCUCCUGAGAUAGCAGAGAUGAGGUCCAAGGGUACAUCAGUGAGGAGUGUAGCCUCUUCCAUGGAGGAUGGCAAGAUACAGGAUGAGCCUCCUGAGAUAGCAGAGAUGAGGUCCAAGGGUACAUCAGUGAGGAGUGUAGCCUCUUCCAUGGAGGAUGGCAAGAUACAGGAUGAGCCUCCUGAGAUAGCAGAGAUGAGGUCCAAGGGUACAUCAGUGAGGAGUGUAGCCUCUUCCAUGGAGGAUGGCAAGAUACAGGAUGAGCCUCCUGAGAUAGCAGAGAUGAGGUCCAAGGGUACAGUCAGUGGCAGAGUAUACAAGACCUACAUGAAGUCAGGAGGCAACUGUUGUAUGCUCAUGUUCUUUCUGGCAACUGCUGUAUUGACUCAGCUGUUAGCCAGUGGUGGAGACUACUGGAUCACAUAUUGGGUUAACUUGGAAGAGUACGGAUACGUUAAGUCUGAGAGUGCCUCAUCCAUUGCCCAGCCACUACAGCAGUCUCUAGCCCAACCCCUUCUACAGGUUGCCAACGCCAGCUUUACGACUACGACAAUGCUGCCAAGCACUGCCACCAACACUACAGAGACCACACUCUUGAGUCUGCCGCUCACUAGAGAUAUGUGUGUAUAUGUGUUCUCCGCUAUCACUGCAGCUACUGUGAUCGUCACGUUGUUCCGCUCUUAUCUCUUCUUCUACCUGUGUAUGCGAGCGUCCCGUCGUCUGCAUGACACCAUGUUCAACUCCAUCACUCGCGCCACCAUGCACUUCUUCAACACUAACUCCUCUGGUCGUAUUCUCAACAGAUUCUCUAAAGACAUGGGGUCAAUUGACGAACAGCUGCCAGCCGCUCUUAUAGACAGCUUACAGAUUGGACUGAGCCUGAUAGGUAUUAUUGUGGUGGUAGGCCUGGUCAACUAUUGGCUCAUGGUUCCCACCGUGUUCAUCGGAAUACUCUUCUACUUCCUGCGCAACUUCUAUCUCUCCACCUCACGCAGCGUUAAACGCUUGGAAGGAGUCACUCGCAGUCCUGUGUUCUCCCAUCUGAACGCUUCUCUGCAAGGUCUGACCACCAUCAGGGCAUUCCACGCACAACAGAUCCUGGAGAAGGAGUUUGACAACCACCAGGAUCUCCAUUCUUCAGCAUGGUAUAUCUUCAUUGCGUCAAGUAGAGCGUUCGGGUUUUGGCUGGAUGGAGUUUGCCUCAUCUACAUUGCAUUGGUGACAUUUAGUUUCCUCUUCAUGGGAUCAGAGACGUUUGGAGGCAAUGUUGGUUUGGCCAUCACACAGUCCAUCGGCCUCACAGGGAUGUUCCAGUGGGGCAUGAGACAAUCCGCAGAGCUCGAGAACCAGAUGACAUCCGUAGAGAGAGUCAUGGAGUACACUGACAUUGAGAAAGAACCACCACUGGAAUCUCCUCCUGACAAGCAGCCGCCUGCCACUUGGCCAGACGAAGGUCGGGUCACUUUCAAUAGAGUGUUCUUGUCAUACGGACCCAAUGAGCCUCCAGUGCUCAAGAACCUCAACUUCACCAUCGCUCCCAAAGAAAAGGUAGGUAUCGUAGGCAGGACUGGUGCUGGUAAGUCUUCACUGAUUGCGGCUCUGUUCCGUCUGGCCGAGGUGCAGGGAGAGAUUGACAUCGACUACAUUGUCACCUCCUCCAUCGGCCUACACGAGCUACGCAGCAAGAUCUCCAUCAUCCCACAGGAACCUGUGUUGUUCAGCGGAACUGUGCGCAAGAAUCUCGACCCCUUCGACCAGUACACGGACUCGGUGCUGUGGAACGCACUCGAGGAGGUUGAACUGAAGGAAGUCAUCAAGGAUCUGGCAGGAGGGCUGAAUGGCAAGAUGUCGGAGGGAGGCAGCAACCUGAGUGUGGGACAGCGGCAACUUGUGUGUCUGGCCAGGGCGAUCGUCCGCAACAAUCGCAUACUGGUCAUGGACGAAGCCACGGCCAACGUCGACCCUCAGACCGAUGGCCUGAUCCAGAGCACUAUCCGUCGCAAGUUUGCCGAGUGUACAGUGCUGACCAUCGCACAUAGACUCAAUACUGUCAUGGACUCGGACAAGGUGUUGGUCAUGUCAGCAGGAACAGCUGUGGAGUUCAACCAUCCUCACAUUCUGCUGCAGAACCAGGAGGGAGUUCUGUAUGGAAUGGUGGAACAGACUGGCAAAGUCACACGAGACCUUCUACACAACAUUGCCGCUGCCAGCUACAGGAGAAAACAUAAAGAAGAAGUCACAUCGAGUACAGAAAGUAAAAAGACGUCAUAGAAGUAAUACGAGCCAUGGGUGUACAGUCUCCAUGGUUAUUUGCUGGUGCUAAACACUCGACAUCAACAAUCGAGUGUCAACUUAUCUGUCUAGUAUCGCCGUAGUUCCUAUGUGAUCUUCUCUGCUGAUUGUCAGCUGUUUCACACAAACCCUCGUAUUCCGACUGUGUAAACAGUGUUGUGUUUUUAAAGACUCUCGUUCCAUCAAGUCAUAUAAACUGUAAACUACUCAUUUAAUACGUAUUUAUUUACAUAAGCGGUAUCUUUGAGUUUCCAUUAUUAUUAGUUCUUAAUUGUGAUCAACUGAUGUAAUCAGUUAUACAGAUGCUUAGAGAUUUCUGUCUGUGAUAUGUAAUCUUUGUUUGGUUACAAAAAAAAAACAAAUGAAUCACAUUGUUUUAAACAACAAUCAUCUCCGAAAGAAUUCUAUAACAGUGGUUUAGUUUGAAUUCUUCUUUGUCAUUAAAGAAAUACGCUUUAAUAUUUGCAAUUAAACCUAAGACAAAAAUUUUGACAUCACUUCUACCUAUAUGAACCGGUGGUGCUUUAGAUGUGUUCUCUGGAUAAAUAUGUACAAACGAUGUAAGCAUUCUUAAAACUUAUAAUGUACAGUUUGUUAGUUUGUUCAGAGCUUUCAUGUUACAUUAACUCCGUAUGGAGAAAAUCGUUGAAUAUAUUUUUUUCAAAGAACACUUUAAAUAUUCAUUUUUAAAACCACCUUAAGAUUAACAACUAUUUUUCUCCUUAAAUUUCCUUGAGUCAGAGGGCUCCACUCAACUUACGUACCGUAAUAAAAGUGUUGGAUCAGACAUUAACAGGGUUUUAAAUCUUAGAUUUCAUUCACUAUUGUUUUACAUUAUGUGUAAUACAAAAUAUCAUCUAAAAGUGUGUUAUGUUAUAAAUUAUAUGCAUCGUGGUUUACUUUUUACUAUGCUAUAUUUUAGUGCCUUUCCAAGUGCCUAAAUUUGCAUACAUAAUUAAUUGUAUUAUUUUAUUCGUACUUUAGUUUGUUUUUAAUUUGUUACAUUACAUGCUUCAAUUCAAUCACAGGUAAUUUAGAAGAUAAGUAUUUAGUUCAAUGUGUUCUAUAAUAUUUUUAUAAUUUGUAAACAAUCAAAAAUGUUGAUAGUGUUUAA